AGACACACACAAAAGGGAACGAAUCUGCGCAUGCGCGGCGAACGAAACUCCUCUGUCUCAGAGCCAAAGAGGAGUCUUGGCCUUUGACCGUUACAAGGAGCAAGGCCUACUUCCGGGUCCCGCGCACGCCGGCGCCAAGCUGAAACCAUGGCAACGGAGGAGCGCGCGCCCUCUCCUGAUUGGUCCUAGGCGCCGGAUGCGGAAGGAAUCUUCUUGGGGACAUGGCGCCAAUAUGAAAACAGGAGCGAACUGAAUCUGAACAAAGUGUGUGGAUUAAGCCUCAGAGGAAGGAGGAGCUCAAGGUUGGCGCCGUGGCUGUCUAUGGAAAGAGUGCUUUUUAAAACCAUCACAUCAUCAUAAUAAAAAUAUCUGUUCGAGUAUAGAGAUGAGUAGUGAACCCAGUGGGAAAGGUUCUGGACGUGGAGGAAGUGGGUUUCAGAGGUGGAGAGGAAGAGGAGGAUGGCCAGGGAGAGGAAAAGGACGUGGACAGAACUCUGACUGGAAAAAUGCUGGGAAGUCUGCCUCUGCUCAACCUCAGCUCGUUCAGUCAAUAUUGGAUCAAGAUACUCCUUAUAGAGGCUGGAAACUGUAUUUUUCAGAAGCCUAUGACAGCAACUCACCUUUUGUUCAGAAGACUGAAGCCUUUGAAAAGUUUUUUAUGUCUCGAAUAGAGCUUUAUGAUAAGGAUGAAAUAGAAAGAAAAGGAAGUAUUCUUGUGGAUUAUAAAGAGCUGAUACACGAUAAAGACUUACUGGAAUCGAUACCUGAUAUUGCUACUGAAAUAAGGGAUAUGCCACAGAAAAUACUGGAUUGCAUGGGCCUGGCCAUACAUCAGGUGUUAAGCAAAGAUCUUGAAAAGCAUGCAGCAGAACUACAGAAGGAAGAAGGGUUGCCCAUUGAUGAAGAACCCAUAAUAAAUGUACCUUAUAUUAAUGCAAGAGUGUACAACUAUGACCCACUUAUUCAACUUAAGAAUAUUCGAGCUAAUUGCUAUGGGAAAUAUGUCGCUUUGCGUGGGACUGUUGUUCGUGUCAGUAAUAUUAAGCCUAUUUGUACGAAAAUGGCAUUUAUAUGCAGCGCCUGUGGAAGUACUCAGAGCUUUCCUCUACCAGAUGGGAAAUAUAUUCUCCCUACAAAGUGCCCUCUGCCUGAAUGCCAUGGACGAUCAUUCACUCCAGAUAGAAGUUCUCCUUAUACCAUUACAGUGGACUGGCAGUCUAUUAAGAUUCAAGAGCUCAUGUCAGAUGAUCAACGAGAAGCUGGCAGGAUUCCUCGCACUAUUGAAUGUGAAUUGACUCAGGAUCUAGUGGACAGCUGUGUUCCAGGCGAUGUGAUUACUGUGGCAGGAAUUGUCAAAGUAUCAAAUACUGAAGAAGGAGCAUCUAGAAAUAAAAAUGAUAAAUGUGUCUUCCUGUUGUACAUUGAAGCAAACUCUGUCAGUAACACCAAAGGACAGAAAGUCAAGAACUAUGAGCAUGAAAUAAAUCAUCACUCAUGCAUGGAAUUUUCGCUUAAAGAGCUUUAUGCCGUCCAGGAGAUACAAGCCGAAGAGAACCUGUUCAAGCUCAUUGUCAACUCCCUCUGUCCAACAAUCUAUGGUCAUGAGAUUGUGAAAGCUGGUUUAGUACUAGCGUUAUUUGGAGGAUGUCAAAAGUAUGUGGAUGAUAAGAAUAGGAUUCCUGUUCGAGGAGACCCACAUCUCCUGGUGGUUGGAGAUCCAGGACUGGGCAAGAGUCAGAUGUUGCAAGCAGUAUGCAACAUUGCACCUCGUGGUGUAUAUGUUUGUGGCAAUGCCACUACUACAUCUGGUUUGACUGUAACUCUGUCCAGAGACAGUUCAUCUGGUGACUUUUCUUUGGAAGCUGGUGCCCUUGUGCUUGGAGAUCAAGGUAUUUGUGGAAUAGAUGAGUUUGAUAAAAUGGGGAGCCAGCACCAAGCCUUAUUGGAAGCUAUGGAACAACAGAGUAUCAGUCUUGCUAAAGCUGGUAUUGUUUGCAGCUUGCCAGCUAGGACAUCAAUUAUAGCUGCAGCAAAUCCAGUUGGAGGACACUAUAAUAAAGCCAAAACUGUUUCUGAGAAUUUAAAGAUGGGGAGUGCUCUACUGUCCCGAUUUGACUUGGUAUUCAUACUACUGGAUAUACCAAAUGAAGAUCAUGACCAUUUGCUUUCUGAACACGUGAUGGCAAUGAGAGGUGGAAAACAGUCUGGAUGCACCAGUGCUGUGGUGGCUCGUGGAAACUCUCAGAGUUCAAAUAUAUCAGUCCUUGAAGCAGUUUCAGACAAACCAUUAUCAGAAAGAUUAAAGGUCAUUCCAGGAGAAAGCUUUGACCCAAUUCCACACCAACUUCUGAGAAAGUAUGUUGGCUACGCUCGACAGUAUGUACAUCCCAGACUAUCUGCAGAAGCUGCUCAGGUCCUCCAGAAAUUCUAUCUUGAGCUCCGACAACAAAGCCAAAGAGCGGAUGGUACCCCCAUUACUACUCGACAACUAGAAUCAUUAAUACGUCUGACAGAGGCACGGUCAAGAUUAGAAUUAAGAGAAAAAGCUACCAAAGAAGAUGCUGAGGACGUCGUAGAAAUAAUGAAAUACAGCAUGUUAGGAACUUACUCUGAUGAGUUUGGGAAGCUGGAUUUUGAACGUUCUCAGCUUGGUUCAGGAAUGAGCAACAGAUCACAAGCAAAGAGAUUUGUUUCUGCCCUCCAUGGUAUUGCAGAAAGAACCUACAAUAACCUCUUUGAGUUUCAGCAGCUUCGGCAGAUAGCAAAGGAAGUAAACAUAAAAGUGGCUGAUUUUGAAAACUUCAUUGGUUCAUUAAAUGAUCAGGGUUAUUUUUUGAAAAAAGGUCCUAGAUUAUAUCAGCUUCAGACUAUGUGAAAGAACUCAACAAUUGAGGGUAAAAAAUACUGAAGCAACAGAUUCAUUUGAAGAAGGCCAGCAGAACACAAUAAUAAACUGUAGUGUGCCUGAUAUAUUUCAAAGAAACAUCAUCCAAUGCAAAACCCCGUUUAAAAUCAGUAGCACCAGUACACCAAUUCAUGUGAUAUUGUAAGCAUAUUGUACAGUUUAUUGAGACUGCUCAUGUAAGCUAUUGUCAUGAUGGAGAAAACUGUUUAAUUAAUCUCUGAAUAGACCUGUUGUCUAUUAAAAUGCUAGUUUUAAAAAUAUGUGCACUAGCAGAGGAAGUCUAUUGUGAAUGCCUGAGUUUUCAAAGCUAUCAUUUUAAUAUACGAUGAGUAUUGGAGUUAUUAAUUGUAGUAUUUUUUGGAAGCGAAAUGCCAUAAUUUAAUGUUUCUUAUUGCUCCUGUUGAACUCUGAAAUGCAACAAGUUAUUUAAAUAAGCAAGUUUAUUUAUACAGUACUCUUUUCCUGAUGCAUUGUAAAAAAUAAAUUUUUAAACUGGGAAGACAAACUCUGUUUGCAUUAUAUGCAAGUUGCACGUGAGUGUUCUUGAAUAAGCAAAGCUACUACACUAUUCUAAUGCCAUAAACAACGUAGUGUUGAAUUAUUUAAAACCGGCAAUGAAUAAAGAGAAGCAUAACAUAUUAAGAGACUGACAUUUAUGGUGGUAUAUGCUUUGGAAGACUGCAGCCCACUUUGCCAAGUGUGUGUAAGGGUUGGCUGAAGUGAAAGCUGAAGAGAGCUGUACCUAUACUUUUCAUGGUGGUGCAGAAGAGGAAUGUAGCAGAUGUUACUUGUUACCUGGUUGCUUACAGCAUCCUCUAAUAUAUAGUCUGGCAGCCUUACAUG